AUGGACAAACCACCAUCAAAGCGAGCUCGUAUUGAAGACCCUUCUUCUGCGAAUAUCGACGAUGCUCUUUUAAAGAAUGACCAGCAAACUGCUGCUUCAGAAGCUGUUGUACCAACCACUGAAGCCCAGCAGGGUGAGACCCAUGACGCCUCGAAUGAGCUGGAGAAUAAGAUGGCCACGGCAUUAGCGGCGGUAGCAGCUGCUGCAUCUGCCAAUGGUGGAGAAUAUCCUUCAGUGGUUUCUCGUCAGGCCCAAACCUCAGCAUCACCUUACGAUCAUAGCAGACCAAAUGGCAGUGCUUCUGCAGGUGUUGACGGCCAUGAACCAACGAUCUCAGUGGGUGAUAGCUCGUUUAAACCAUCAGCAGGAAGUGAAGAAUGGCACAAGAUUCGCCGUGAUAAUCACAAGGAGGUCGAGAGACGACGACGUGAGGCUAUUAACAAGGGAAUCAGUGAACUAGCUACCAUAGUUCCUGAUUGCGAGAAACACAAGGGUCAAAUCCUUCAAAAGACAGUUGAUUACAUUAAGAAACUUAAGGAUAACGAGCAGCGUAAUAUGGAGAAGCUGACGCUUGAAAAGCUGCUCACUGAGCAAGCUAUUUCCGAGCUAUCGGCCACUAAUAAAGCUUUGAAGCAAGAACUCGCUCAGGCGUGGAAAGAAGUAGAGCACUGGAAACAAGCCUGCGGUGCUAGCACCGGCGCUGAUGCUUCGAAAUCAGCUGAUGCUGGUUCGAAAUAA